AUGGAGAGUCUCCGCAAGGUACCCUACCCGACCACGCCUCCGUGUAAUCGUGUGGAACGCGACCAAGCACUACGACCAGCGCACCUGCACGUGCCAGCAUUUCGUCGCCAGCGCGCUCCGUACCCUUGGCUUGAGCAAGCCAGUUCAAGGCGAGAUCGGUGUGUUUUUGCAGAAACUGAAGCGAGGCGAAGCGACGCUCCCUCGAUUUAG